AUGGCUAGCAAACCAGUAUUCAAAUAUCUGGUGCCUGAGGAAGGACCACGCGCAUUGCAGAAUGAUGAAAUGCACGCGGAGUUCAAAUUGACACUGACACCUCAGGCACCAACUCCCCACCGCUAUGAGUUUAAACUACUCGAGUUCGGUGAUAUACAAGUCGCUACUAAGGUUGAGAACAAUUAA